UCGUACAGUCGCUGAGACGGAGCUGCUGUAAUGGCGGUGUCUCGUCGCUCAUCGCAGCAGCAACAACAGCAGCAAAGUCCGCUCCCGUCCCCGCCGAGAAACAGCUCUCUUACGGGAGCUCCGCCGGCCUCUCCGCCGAUGGCUCUGCUCGGAUCGGCCGUCGGGAGUCCGGAGGGCGAGAGGGAAUGCAGCGGGGGGAUCGACUCGGCCCUGGCCUCCUCCCCGGACCUGCCGGCCCCCGUCCUGGGGAGCAGUGCGAGCUCCACCACGACGACCUCCGGCGGCGGCGGCGGCGGCAGCAGCCUCUCCAGCCCGGGCUCCGGAGCUGGCAGCCCCGCGGACGGCAGCAGCGGCAUCGGGGGCGCGUUCCGGGAGCUGUUCGAGGCCUGUCGCAACGGGGACGUGUCCCGGGUGAAGAGGCUGGUGGACUCGGUGAACGUGAACGCGAAGGACAUGGCUGGUCGCAAAUCGACUCCCCUUCAUUUCGCUGCGGGUUUUGGCAGGAAAGACGUGGUUGAACACCUCCUGCAGACCGGGGCCAAUGUCCACGCCAGGGACGAUGGAGGACUCAUCCCCCUGCACAACGCCUGCUCCUUCGGCCACGCAGAAGUUGUCAGCCUGCUCCUAUGUCAGGGCGCAGAUCCCAACGCCAGAGACAACUGGAACUACACUCCGUUACAUGAGGCGGCCAUCAAGGGAAAGAUAGAUGUGUGCAUUGUGUUACUCCAACAUGGAGCUGAUCCAAACAUCCGCAACACUGAUGGCAAAUCUGCUCUGGAUCUAGCUGACCCGUCAGCCAAGGCUGUUCUCACUGGUGAAUACAAGAAGGACGAACUUCUGGAAGCAGCAAGGAGUGGAAAUGAAGAGAAGCUGAUGGCACUGCUGACUCCAUUGAAUGUCAAUUGUCACGCAAGUGAUGGCCGCAAGUCAACAUCCCAAAAAAUGCUGUCAACGCCCCUCCACCUCGCUGCUGGCUACAACCGUGUGCGCAUUGUUCAGCUCCUGCUCCAGCAUGGAGCCGACGUUCAUGCCAAAGACAAAGGUGGCCUGGUUCCUCUUCACAAUGCUUGUUCCUAUGGUCACUUUGAGGUCACCGAGCUUCUGCUUAAACAUGGAGCCUGUGUCAACGCCAUGGACUUGUGGCAGUUCACUCCUCUCCACGAAGCAGCGUCCAAGAACCGAGUGGAGGUCUGCUCCCUGCUGUUGAGCCACGGGGCCGACCCCACCCUGCUGAACUGCCACAGCAAGAGCGCCGUGGACAUGGCCCCCACCCCAGAGCUUAAAGAAAGGCUCACCUAUGAGUUCAAAGGUCACUCACUGCUGCAGGCGGCUCGGGAGGCCGACAUGGCCAAAGUGAAGAAGACGCUCGCUCUGGAGAUCAUCAGCUUCAAACAUCCUCAGACCAACGAGACAGCUCUGCACUGUGCUGUGGCCUCCCCCCACCCCAAGAGGAAGCAGGUGACUGAGUUGUUGCUGCGUAAAGGUGCCAACAUCAAUGAGAAGAACAAAGACUUCAUGACUCCCCUGCAUGUUGCUGCAGAGAGAGCUCACAAUGACAUCCUGGAGGUGCUGCAGAAACACGGAGCAAAGGUAAAUGCCGUGGACACACUGGGUCAGACAGCGCUUCAUAGGGCUGCGCUGGCUGGUCACAUCCAGACCUGCAAGCUUCUGCUGAGCUACGGGGCCGACCCCUCCAUCGUCUCUCUGCAGGGGUUCACCGCUGCCCAGAUGGGCAACGAGGCUGUACAACAGAUUCUUAAUGAAAAUGUUCCCACACGUAACUCUGACGUGGACUACCGAUUUUUGGAGGCAGCCAAAGCAGGAGAUCUGGAGACAGUGCAACAACUUUGCACCCCUCAGAACGUAAACUGCCGGGACCUGGAGGGCCGCCACUCCACUCCUCUGCACUUUGCAGCUGGUUACAACCGAGUUGCUGUAGUUGAAUAUCUGUUGCACCAUGGAGCUGAUGUCCAUGCCAAAGACAAGGGUGGUCUGGUCCCCCUCCACAACGCAUGCUCCUACGGACACUAUGAAGUGGCUGAGCUGCUGGUCAGACACGGAGCCUCAGUCAACGUGGCCGACCUGUGGAAGUUCACCCCCCUUCAUGAGGCUGCAGCCAAAGGCAAAUAUGAGAUCUGCAAACUGCUGCUCAAACACGGAGCCGACCCCUCCAAGAAGAACCGUGAUGGCAACAUGCCGCUGGACAUGGUGAAGGACGGCGACACAGACAUCCAGGACCUGCUGAGGGGGGACGCUGCCCUGCUGGACGCUGCAAAGAAGGGCUGCCUGGCCCGAGUCCAGAAGCUCUGCUCCCCAGAGAAUAUCAACUGCAGAGACACACAGGGACGCAACUCCACACCGCUCCACCUCGCAGCUGGCUACAACAACCUUGAGGUGGCCGAGUAUCUGCUGGAACAUGGGGCUGAUGUCAACGCCCAGGACAAAGGAGGCCUUAUCCCUCUUCAUAAUGCUGCGUCUUAUGGGCACGUGGACAUUGCAGCUCUACUGAUCAAGUACAAUACGUGCGUGAAUGCUACAGACAAAUGGGCUUUCACGCCGCUCCACGAGGCUGCCCAGAAGGGUCGGACUCAGCUGUGUGCGCUGCUGCUGGCUCAUGGAGCCGACCCCACCAUGAAGAACCAGGAGGGCCAGACUGCUCUGGACCUGGCCACGGCUGAUGAUAUCCGGGCCUUGCUGAUGGACGCCAUGCCACCAGAUGCCCUGCCCAGCUGCUUUAAGCCGCAGACCACAGUGGUCAGCGCCUCCGUUAUCUCUCCUGCCUCCACGCCAUCCUGUCUGUCAGCCGCCAGCAGCAUAGACAACCUGUCUGGUCCGCUCACCGAGCUGGCUGCUGCCGCCGGCUCCUCAGGAGUGGCCGACGGAGCCACGGGCACUGACCGCAAGGAAGGGGAAAUAACAAUGCUGGACAUGAACAUAAGUCAGUUCAUGAAGAGCCUGGGUCUGGAGCACCUGAGGGACAUCUUCGAGAGGGAGCAGAUCUCUAUGGAUGUGUUGGCUGACAUGGGUCACGAGGAGCUGAAGGAGAUUGGAAUCAAUGCCUAUGGCCACAGACACAAGCUGAUCAAGGGCAUUGAGAGGCUGCUGGGCGGCCAGCCGGGGUCUAACCCAUACCUAGCAUUCCACUGUGCCAGCCAGGGCACUAUCCUGAUAGACCUCGCCCCAGACGACAAGGAGUACCAGUCUGUGGAGGAGGAGUUGCAGAGCACAAUCCGAGAGCACAGGGACGGAGGCAACGCUGGCGGCGUGUUCAGCAAAUACAACAUCAUCAAGAUUCAGAAGGUUGUAAAUAAGAAGCUGAGAGAACGUUACACCCACCGGCAGAAGGAGAUCGCAGAUGAGAACCACAACCACCACAAUGAGCGCAUGUUGUUUCAUGGUUCCCCGUUCAUCAACGCCAUCAUCCACAAAGGCUUCGAUGAGCGCCAUGCCUACAUAGGAGGGAUGUUUGGAGCAGGGAUCUACUUUGCAGAGAAUUCCUCAAAGAGCAACCAGUACGUCUACGGCAUCGGUGGAGGCACGGGCUGCCCGACGCACAAAGACCGAUCCUGCUACCUGUGCCACAGGCAAAUGCUGUUCUGCAGAGUGACCCUGGGGAAAUCCUUCCUACAGUUCAGUGCCAUGAAGAUGGCCCACGCACCCCCGGGACACCAUUCAGUCAUCGGGCGGCCCAGCGUGAACGGCCUAGCCUACGCGGAGUACGUCAUCUACAGAGGAGAGCAGGCCUUCCCAGAGUACCUCAUCACCUACCAGAUCCUUAAACCAGAGAGCGCCGCCCAGGCAGCUGCAGGAGCCGAGCAGAAGUCGUAGUUACCUUACGUCGCACACAUGCACACACACACACACACACACAAAGGACUUGAUGCCUGUUAUUUUCUCCUUUGUAUCGCAAACGCAUAAACACCUUUUUAUUUACCAAACACAUUUCCAGUCUGUUGUCCAGUAGAAGCCAUGGUGACCAGUGUUUAAUGAGCAGAUGUGCUGUAUAAUACUCUCCUACUUGUGGUGAUGACGUUUUUUUUUAAUCUUUUUGCAUCGGCUGCAUGUUAAUACAGAAGCAUGAACGGCCCAAUAGCGUGUGUGGGUUAGUCCGCGCCCCCCCCCCCCCCUUCCUCACCCCUCCUCACCAAUCAGGAGGAUGCUUGUAGAGACUUUAAAGUGUCGGCAUUAACAGUUGGACGCUCUUUGUCGCCUCAUGCCAUCGUGACCGUGGAGAAUCAGCGAUCCCUCACCUCUACACACAUCCUGUUUCACUGUCAGAGCCUGAAGCCUGUGGACUACUACUGCCCCCCCACCGUAUCUGGGCUCAUCGUGUACAGAAUGGCCUCCAGUAACUGUGAUUUUAAAUGCUAUCGUGUAACACUACCAAACCAGUAACCGUGCAUUGUUGCGAUGCGGAACUUGCUGAACUUGCUGAACUUUCACCCCGACAACACUACAAACACUGAACUGAAAUCUGAAAUCUUCUUUUUAUUCUUUUAUUCAAGGCUGGACACGCCCGACGGAGAGAGGGCUCUCUGUCAAAUCACAGGAGCUGAGACUAUUUUAUUCUCAUUAUAAAGUUCAUUUGUAUGAGAGCGGACAUGUGAUCAGUAGCUUGAUGCGACGUAAGGCAUCACGAUUCCACCAGUUGUGGCAUCAUAUAUGACCGUGCUUCCAACAGUAGAGCUGGUCUAUGUUGACAUGUGAUUGUGAUGCCUUACAACUCUUCAAAGCACCCCCCUCUGUUGCCAUGGUCUCACAGACAUCCCACGCAUAAGGAUUUGCACUUUUACAUAGAAAACCUAUUUAAGUUAUUUUGAAUUUAAAUUGCAAAUUUGCGGGAAAAAAUAUUUGUACAGGUUGUGUAAAUGGUUGUGUAUAACUGUUGCUGUUUGACAGUACCUUUUGAGUUCAACUGUAAAUGACAUCUGAAUUUUUCUGUUCAUGUCUUCUUGAUUCUCCCAACUUUUUUUUAAAUAAAUGUCCCAUUAACAGCUA